ACCGAGCAUCGAGCAUCGAGGAGGCUCUCUGGAGGAGCUCUAACCGAGGAUACACUGAUGGGUCCUUCGCGGCUCCUUCGCGGAUGCAUUUCCGGGAACGUUGGGUAUAAAAGAGGCGUGACACACCGCUGGAAUCAUUUCAAAACCAUGGCGGGAGCAAUGCACAAAUGGACAGAGCAAGACACUCUGACCCUCAUCAAAGUGAGAGUCCAGAACGAUAACCUUUUUACUGGCCGAAGGCACACUGCCAAGAAAGCCUUGGAGGAAAUUCUAAAGGCCCUAAUCCUCACACAGAUCGGGAAAAAGUGGGAUAGCCUGAAACGGAAAUACAAGGAGUUGAGAUGCCCCCCAACCGGGUCAGGGACCGACAGGGGAGAGGCCACAGCAGCCACAUGGCCGUAUUUUACGGCCAUGCAUGAGGCCAUCGGUGGGAGGCCAUCCAUCGACCCUCCCACCCUGAUGGACUCGGCCACUGCUGCUCUUGCUUCUGGCAGUGGCUCAACAUACACUGAGGCUGUCCAGAGCCAGGCCACAGUAGAGGAUGAGGAGGCCACAGAGUCUGGCUUGGACAGCCAGGAGGAUGUUGAGCCAUCCACGUCUGCCGGUCCCCCUCCCCGACAAAAAAAAAAAAGCGCUUUACUACAGUUCCUGGAGGCAGAGGCGGUCAAGGAGGAGGACCGCUUCAACCGCCAGCAGGCAGCCUCGGAGGAAGCCUCCGCCAAAUUCCUCAAGCUCUUUGAGGAAGUAGUUAGCAAGGAAUAGUGUCUUUUUUUCUUCUUUUUUCUGUACUUUGGAUGUGUUCAUUUAUUCUUUAUUUAUAUAUGUUACAACAUUUAGUAAACAUAUUUAAG